GGCCCAAUUGCCAGUGCUCGAACCACUCAGCAUGCGCCAGCCAGCCACUUUUGCCUCAUGGCCGGGUUGCUGUGCUUUUACUUAAACUGGAGGCCAUGUCUUCCUCGUAUGACUGUUUUUUUGGAACUUCCUUUCUCUUCCGACGACUAUAUUUGUAUCCUGCUCUACUCUCCACUCAAUUGUUGGUGGGUUGUGUUGUGUCUCUGUGCUUCUAUAUCUCGGUGUAUUCUUAUAUGACGCUCUCGUUGUGAGUCUGCGUGAAGAGAGAGAAAACGACAAAAGGACCACUCCUACACGCGCACAAGUAUCUUUUGUAGCUACUUACUACCUCCACACACAAGAUGGGUUCCCUUGACCAGGAAGAGCAGCAAUAUCUCCAAGAUGUAGAGGCUGUAAAGAAGUGGUGGAGCGACUCAAGAUGGCGCUACACCAAGAGACCAUUUACCGCCGAACAGAUUGUGCAAAAGCGAGGCACCAUCAAGAUCGAAUACCCCAGCAAUACCCAGGCCAAGAAGCUGUGGAAGUUGAUUGAGAACCGCUUUGCCACCAAAACCGCUUCGGCCACCUAUGGCUGCCUCGAGCCCACCAUGCUCACCCAGAUGAACAAGUACCUCGACACCGUCUACGUUUCGGGAUGGCAGUCCUCGUCCACGGCCUCGUCGACCGACGAACCCUCCCCCGAUUUGGCCGACUACCCCAUGAACACCGUGCCCAACAAGGUCCAGCACCUCUUCAUGGCCCAGUUGUUCCACGACCGGAAGCAGCGCGAGGAGCGCCUCACCACCCCCAAGGACAAGAGGGGCUCCGCGCCGAACGUGGACUACCUCCGGCCGAUCAUCGCCGACGCCGACACCGGCCACGGCGGUCUGACGGCGGUGAUGAAGCUGACCAAGCUGUUCGUCGAAAAGGGCGCGGCGGGCAUCCACAUCGAGGACCAGGCGCCCGGGACCAAGAAGUGCGGGCACAUGGCGGGCAAGGUCCUCGUGCCCAUCUCGGAGCACAUCAACCGGCUCGUGGCCAUCCGGGCGCAGGCCGACAUCAUGGGCGUCGACCUGCUGGCCGUGGCCCGCACCGACUCGGAGGCGGCCACGCUCAUCACCACCACCAUCGACCACCGCGACCACGCCUUCAUCCUCGGCAGCACCAACAAGGACCUCCAGCCCCUCAACGACCUGAUGGUGGCCGCCGAGCAGGCCGGCAAGAACGGCGACCAGCUCCAGGCCAUCGAGGACUCGUGGAUCUCCCAGUGCGGCCUGAAGCUCUUCGACGACGCCGUCGUCGACGCCAUCAACGCCGGCGUGCACGUCGACAAGCAGGGCCUCGUCGCCAAGUACAAGGCCGCCAGCAAGGGCAAGAGCAACGGCGAGUGCCGCGCCAUCGCCAAGGGCCUGACGGGCGUCGACGUCUACUUCGACUGGGACGCCCCCCGCACCCGGGAAGGUUACUACCGGUACCAGGGCGGCUGCCAGUGCGCCGUCAACCGCGCCAUCGCCUACGCACCCUACGCCGACAUGAUCUGGAUGGAGAGCAAGUUGCCAGAUUACGCCCAAGCCCAAGAGUUUGCCGACGGUGUGCACGCCGUGUGGCCCGAACAAAAACUCGCGUACAACCUCUCGCCGAGUUUCAACUGGAAGGCGGCCAUGGCGGCCAAGGACCAGGAGACCUACAUCCAACGGCUGGCCGAGUUGGGUUACUGCUGGCAGUUCAUCACCCUGGCCGGCCUGCACUCGACCGCCUUGAUCUCCGACACCUUCGCCAAGGCCUUUGCGAAGCGCGGCAUGCGCGCCUACGGCGAACUCAUCCAGGAGCCCGAGAUGCAGAACAAGGUCGACGUCGUCACCCACCAGAAGUGGAGCGGCGCCAACUACGUCGACAACCUCCUGAAAAUGGUCACGGGCGGCGUGAGCAGCACGAGCGCCAUGGGUAAAGGUGUGACGGAGGAUCAAUUCCAUUGAUCUACUACUACUCACCGGACCCAAGUCAAGUCUGAGGACUAAGUGAGGGGGAGGACCGCAUCUGUGAUCUUCCUUCUAAAAAGACAACUAUAAAUAUAUACCACGUGGACACAACCGAAGGGAAUCAGGGGGGGGGAGGGGGGGGAGGAUAAUGAAUUUGGAAAGCAGAAGCACAAAACCCCCGAGAAUGAACUGUGAUUUUGAAAGUUGACAGAGUGUUGGAAAAUGUUUGACAACAUAUCCUCUGGGCAAGGGGGAGAAAGUUGUAUUGAAAAACCCAAAUAGGUCAGGUAGGACAAGGAGUCGAGUCUAUCUCUUAUCACCAUGACCAUGCUGUAACGUACCCUCGAAAUGAAGAGAAUAUGAAACACAAAGUCGAAGCAAGUGCUUUCGCAGUCGAUGAUCCUUUCUAAUGACUUCGAUGUACAUGUUCUACAUACGGAGAAGUAAACAGAGUACCGGGGUGGUACGUCGUAUGGGGGCUUGUACCUACC